CCAGUGGGCCAGCGCCUCAGAGAGCAGAUACUACUUGUGCCUGUUGUUCACACCGGUAAGAGGUUGUGUUCGUAAAUUACAUCUGGAGUGCCAUGGUGCGCACUCGAGCUUGCAAGCGACUUCGAGACACAAACGAGAGCACCCCUCACUCUGACAAUUUUACCAGCCCCAGCAGAGCUGUUUAGGGCUGUGUUCAUACUAUCUUGAUCGUUAGUGACCAACUGUGCUGCUAGCAACAAUUUCAUACCGUUUUUUUAACCAACUUUUGCGGACACCUGUUGUGUUCAAAGGGUGUUGCGCGUUGGUAAAUCCAUCAGUUAUUCUGCUCUGACACUCAAAACGAGUAGAUAACGUCAAUGUACCAAACGCACCCGACCGGAGUCGUUUUUCUCAACGUUGCUGGAAUUACACGUGCAUCCACUUCUAUCAGAACAAUUAACAGCCUGAACAAUUAACCGCCUGAACAUUACCAAACUUAUUUAAGAUCAAAUAAGCCUCAAGUAAUUCGACACUAUCGUAAACCUCCAUAUUAAAAAUGAUUUAUCUCACGCAAGCAGAUUUUGGGCGGAGUAAAUUCUCACUCCAUAAGGGCUGGACCAUACGAUAUAAGUACACCUGACCUGCACGCUUUCCGGAAUUUAAUAGACUGCACAAGACCAAAACAAAUCAUAUUUCGAUAAAUGUAUACGUUUAACAGACUGUCUGCUCUGCAGUUGGUUAGUUAGCGUCGAUUCGUAGCUACGAAAACUCCCUCAUCUGUCAACAUCACCACCGGGAAAUGUGACGUUACUUUCUGCCUGGAAGUGUAGGAGUUGGUGGGCUCAUAUAGGAUCAAACUGUCCGUAUCAGACCCCUGGUAUGGUACCAAUAGACCUGCUGUGAUAUGUACUUUUCUAUCCACUCGUCUGCUCAUCCAUGUUGGGCUCGUUAACCAGUUUUGCGGUCUGCUGAUGAAAUGGGUCACACACACAGCUGGUAAAUAGCUAGAUCGGAGGGAUCAUUUAAAAGUCCAGUUCUCUUCAAUGACUGUGUAUUUUGGGGACAUUAUUUUCAUACACUGGAUAGUGGAUACGCUUGGUGGUGUUGUUGAGUCAAUGACGACAUGCUCCACUAAUUUCCCGGCGCUGUAACAUGUUUGUAGUUAAAGUUCCUGGCAACGUGCUAGGCUGUUAACUACAUAGGCAUCUAGCUUGCUAACUAGAUAUCGGUGACUGCUCAUCUGCUCCGGACGCCCAAGACUGGGGGAAAUAAAAGUAGUCCGUUUUUUCGAAAAUCAUGAACAAUUGCGAAUACCAACAAAUCGAACCGCUGUCACUUCCGACCCCGCGACCCGCAGCUGUUGAAGAGGAGGAGGAAAAGGCACGGAGAAAAUGGGAAGUUUUCCCCGGAAAGAAUCGCUUCUACUGCGAUGGACGGUUCAUCUUGGCUCAACAAAGCGGUGUCCUGCCACUCACCCUCGGCCUCAUUCUGGUCACCACCGUACUGUUCUUUGUAUUUGACUGUCCCUUCCUGGUGAAGCACCUGACUGUGUUCAUCCCAGCGAUUGGAGGAGUUCUGUUUGUGUUCGCUGUCAUCUCUCUCCUGCAGACCAGCUUCACUGACCCUGGAAUCCUGCCCCGGGCCACGCCGGACGAGGCCGCGUACAUUGAGAAGCAGAUCGAUAACUCUGGCUCUUCCACCUACCGACACCCUCCCCGCACCAAGGAGGUGGUGAUCAACCAGCAGGUAGUGAAGCUCAAGUACUGUUUCACCUGCAAGAUGUUCCGGCCACCGCGCACCUCCCACUGCUCCCUCUGUGACAACUGUGUGGAGCGAUUCGACCACCAUUGUCCAUGGGUGGGGAAUUGUGUUGGGAAGAGGAACUAUCGUUUCUUCUACACCUUCAUUGUCUCUCUGUCCUUCCUGACAGCCUUCAUCUUCGGCUGCGUCGCCACACAUCUAGCACUGAGGGCACAAGGGGGGAGAGGCCUUAUUUUUGCUCUUCAGGAGAGUCCAGCCAGUGCUGUGGAGCUGGUGAUUUGCUUCUUAUCAGUUUGGUCCAUAUUGGGCCUCUCAGGCUUCCAUACCUACCUGGUUGCUUCUAACCUGACCACAAAUGAAGAUAUCAAAGGCUCGUGGUCGGGGAAGAGUGAGGCGGAGGACACCGGUAACCCCUACAGCUAUAACAACAUCCUGACUAACUGCUGCUCUGUACUCUGUGGGCCCAUGCCUCCCAGUUUGAUUGACAGGCGAGGCUUCGUGCCAGUGGAGCAGUCAUCGCAGACAGUUUCCAUGGAGAUGGUGCUGCCCAUGCCGGCUGCUAAGGAGAUUAAAGUGGUAGUAGGGCCCACGCCAUCCCAGCUGCCCCCCUCCCGUGCCUUGCAGGUUCCCUCCUCCCCUCUACCUGCAACCCCCCUCAGCCUGACUGGCAGGCCCCAGUUUAGUUGCCUGUUCUAACACUGUUUGGCUGUUGUGUAUGGGGUCACCCUCUCAUGACAGUCUCAGACCAGUGUACUGUAUUACUGUUGUUCAGGAUCCAGUACAGACCAGUGUACUGUAUUACUGUUGUUCAGGAUCUGGUAUUCAGGACAUUACAUAUGGUGGUGUUUCCUGUUCCUGGUAGCCCAGUCUACACCAGACUGUUGGUUGUUUACCGCUGAAAAGACCAUCUCUGGAACAAGGAAGUGAAACCGCCUGCUAGGCCAUGUUUGACAUGGGUGUAGCUCAACCGUUAGUUACUCACGUCAUUCUGUGCCUUAACGUUAUAACCAGGCAACUCGGUGUUAUGUCUUUCAGUGAAAGGGGAACCCAGCCUAUAUAUCUGAAUCAUCCACUUCCUAGUUUGGUUAGAGGUUGAGCCGCUGUUUUGAGGUUCAGGAGAAACGUAAAUACUAGGGAGUUUAUUAGAACAUGUUUGUUUCCAAAGUGUGACUGCCACUGGGCUAUUUAGUUCAGUCUUAUGGUAGUGGCUCUCUCCAACCCGUCAGACUGUCUGCCUCUUCCAAACCAACAGGCCUUUUUGCUGUUUACACUCAAGCAAUAUACAGACAAGCUGACCUAACCUUGGUUUACUUUAAGGAUACAAGGGCUCAGUCUUGUCUGCUGGGAGUUUGAUUAUUAUAUAUAUUUUUGCACAGAAGGAGUUAGACCAUAGACUAUGUUCAGUAUUUAUACUUUUUAGCAAAACACAUGUUGGUAAUGGAAGUGCUUACUGCUGAGAAUGUACCUGUAACACAUGUUGGUAAUGGAAGUGGUUACUGCUGAGAAUGUACCUGUAACAAACACAUGUCGGUAAUGGAAGUGGUUACUGCUGAGAAUGUACCUGUAACACGUGUUGGUAAUGGAAGUGGUUACUGCUGAGAAUGUACCUGUAACAAACACAUGUCGGUACUGGAAGUGGUUACUGCUGAGAAUGUACCUGUAACAAACACAUGUCGGUAAUGGAAGUGGUUACUGCUGAGAAUGUACCUGUAACACGUGUUGGUAAUGGAAGUGGUUACUGCUGAGAAUGUACCUGUAACACGUGUUGGUAAUGGAAGUGGUUACUGCUGAGAAUGUACCUGUAACACAUGUUGGUAAUGGAAGUGGUUACUGCUGAGAAUGUACCUGUAACAAACACAUGUCGGUAAUGGAAGUGGUUACUGCUGAGAAUGUACCUGUAACACAUGUCGGUACUGGAAGUGGUUACUGCUGAGAAUGUACCUGUAACAAACACAUGUCGGUACUGGAAGUGGUUACUGCUGAGAAUGUACCUGUAACAAACACAUGUUGGUAAUGGAAGUGGUUACUGCUGAGAAUGUACCUGUAACACGUGUUGGUAAUGGAAGUGGUUACUGCUGAGAAUGUACCUGUAACAAACACAUGUUGGUAAUGGAAGUGGUUACUGCUGAGAAUGUACCUGUAACACGUGUUGGUAAUGGAAGUGGUUACUGCUGAAAAUGUACCUGUAACACAUGUUGGUAAUGGAAGUGAUUACUGCUGAGAAUGUACCUGUAACAAACACAUGUCGGUAAUGGAAGUGGUUACUGCUGAGAAUGUACCUGUAA